CGAGGGAUGGAACCGACCCCCCGAGGGAUGAACCGACCCCCGCGGCUCACGGUGAAGGGCUGUGGGACACCCGGACCCGCACCGGCUCCGCAGCGGCCGAUCCCCGGCUAUUAAUGAUCCCGGAUUCCCCGGAGCAUCCGCAUGCACCCGGCGGGGGUCUGCGCCGCCUCCUUAGGCUCCUUGGGGCUGUUGCGGUUCCUCGGCGCUCCCUGGUCCUGGAGCCUGGCCGCUACGGUGGGCGUCUGCCUGGGCAGCGGGGGAUGGCGGCUGCUGCGGUUGGUCUUCAGGACGGCUCCGCGGGAUCUCUUCGGCCUCUCAGUGCUCUUACGAGUCAAGUACAAGUUACGGAGGCAUCAAAAAGCCAAAAGCACCAUCCCCAAGAUGUUCCAGGACGUCGUCCGCAGGCACCCCGACAAAGUAGCCCUGAUUUAUGAGGCCACCGGCGAGCAGUGGACCUUCAGGAGGCUGGACGAGUACUCCAACGCCGUGGCCAACUACUUCUACCAGCAAGGCUUCCGGCUGGGGGACGUCAUUGCGAUCUUCAUGGAGAGCCGCCCCGAAUUUGUCGGCCUCUGGUUAGGGAUGGCAAAAAUCGGUAUCGAAGCGGCUCUUAUCAAUUUCAAUUUGCGCUUGGAUUCUCUGGUUUACUGCGUGACGACGUCGGGUGCAAAAGCCGUGAUCUUCGGAGGGGAGCUGUCUUCGGCAAUAUCCGAAGUGAACGGGAUGUUGGGGAAGAACAUGGCAAAGUUCUGCUCCGGCGACUACAACCCGGACGUCGUUCCUGCGGAGACCAGACAUCUUGAUCCUCUUUUGAGUACAACAUCGAAAUCGCCCCCGAUUCAGGUUCCAGUCAAAGGUUUAGAUGAUCGGCUCUUCUAUAUCUACACGUCAGGAACGACGGGAAUGCCCAAAGCCGCCAUCGUGGUGCACAGCAGGUAUUACCGCAUCGCUGCCUUCGGUUACUACGCCUACAAAAUGCGCCCGACGGACGUCCUCUACAACUGCCUCCCGCUCUACCAUUCCGCGGGUAACAUCAUGGGGGUCGGCCAGUGUCUGAUCCACGGCCUCACCGUGGUCAUCAGGAAGAAAUUCUCGGCCAGUCGCUUCUGGGACGACUGCACGAAAUACAGAUGCACGAUUAUUCAGUAUAUCGGGGAAAUCUGCAGGUAUCUUCUGAAUCAGCCGGUCCGAGAGUCCGAAACCCAACACUGCGUACGGCUGGCGGUGGGCAAUGGUUUGAGACCCACCAUAUGGGAGGACUUCACAAAGCGCUUCCGAAUUAAGCAGAUCGGCGAGUUCUACGGAGCCACGGAGUGUAACUGCAGCAUUGCCAACUUGGACGGAAAGGUCGGUGCCUGUGGUUUCAACAGUCGGAUUUUGCCCAACGUUUAUCCCAUCCGUUUGGUGAAGGUGAACGAGGACACGAUGGAGCUGAUCCGGGAUUCCGGGGGGCUGUGUAUCCCCUGCCGCCCAGGAGAGCCGGGAUUGCUCGUCGGUCAGAUAAAUCAACAGGAUCCCCUGCGGCGGUUCGACGGCUACGUCAGCGAGAGUGCCACCAACAAGAAGAUCGCUUACAACGUGCUCCGGAAAGGGGACCAGGCGUACUUGUCAGGAGAUGUGUUGGUGAUGGACGAACUCGGUUACAUGUACUUCAAAGAUCGCAGCGGGGACACCUUCCGAUGGCGAGGAGAGAACGUCUCUACCACCGAGGUGGAGGGAACGCUGAGUCACAUCCUCAACCAGACGGACGUCGCAGUGUACGGAGUGGAAGUACCAGGGGUGGAGGGCAAAGCCGGGAUGGCGGCGAUCGCCGAUCCCAAAGCGAAAGUCAACCCCAACGUCCUGUACCAGGAGCUGCAGAAGGUGCUGCCUUCCUACGCCCGGCCCGUCUUUCUCCGGCUCCUGCCCCAGGUCGACACCACAGGUACGUUUAAGAUUCAGAAAACCCGCUUGCAGAGAGAAGGAUUCGACCCCCACCAAACCUCAGACCGGUUGUAUUUUCUGGAUCUAAAAUUGGGAAAAUACGUUCCUUUGGAAGAAUGCCUUUAUGAAAGGAUUUGUUCUGGAAAAGCCGCUUUAUGAUCAAAUCGGCUUCAGCUUUUUCGAGGAAAACGAUGACUAAUCGGGCCAGGCCGCUGGCGGGAAGCGAUGGAUUCCUGCCUGGUGAACGGGAAGCGCCGGGCGCAAUGGCGUCUCCCUGCCCUGAAGCACAUUAACCCCUGAUGUCCCGUUAACCUGCCCUGACGCCUCUAGAGAGUAUUUUUGUAACCACUACGUGCUAGGGAGGAGUGCCAUGGUUGUAUUUAUUUACGGAGACGCGAGCUUCUCUCUGCUCCAUCUCCCAACUUAACCCAGUUAGAUGAUUUUUUUUUUUUUUCCUCUUUAACCUCGCUUGUGUUAGGUGACGUUUUUAACCCCCUUAGGGCUGGGGAUGUGAGGACAUUAAAAAAAAAAAAAAAUAGA